AUGCGCGCCUCUCUCCGCGUCCUCUCCUCGGCACCCUCGCCCGCCUCGGGCAUGGCCCGCUCGACACUCACCUACUCCCUCGGCCUGUCGUAUGCCGCCAAGCACUCGCCGCCCUUCAUCCCCGCCGCCGCGCCGCCGGGGACCAAGGGGUUUGCCGGGUCGGGAGGCAAGCUCGGCAAAUGGGUCGACACGAUGAGGUUUCUCCCUGCCGGUCGUGGCGAGCUGCACCCCUCGUCGACUGACCAGGACGGAGGCUGGGACGCGGGUCUGCGCGACGAGGUCCUCAAGUGGGGUGCUGGCGAGGACUUUUUCGCUGUUGUGGACGGCGGUGGCUUUUGCAAGCUUGACCUCACCCCCGACAUUCCACCGCUAACAGCUCAGACCCACCUCGCAGUCUCGGACGGUGUCGGCGGCUGGGCCCCCAAGUACGACCCAGCACUGUACUCGCAGGCUCUGAUGUUCCACUACGCCAACGCGCUCACCGAGGACCCAAGCCUGGCGCCGUGGGACGCGCUGCAAAAGGCCUACGACGCCGUGGGCAAGGACGACAGCGUUGUGGCCGGCAGCGCGACUGCCGUGGGCGUGAGCCUCAGUGACACUGGCAAGGGCCGUGCUAUCAACCUCGGUGACUCGGGCCUCACCAUCCUCCGCAAGGGCAACGCCGUCUUCGAGACCAAGCCCCAGACGCACUACUUCAACUGCCCUCUCGCCCCCUCGCACCAUCAGUCUCUCCCACACACUUCACCUGGACCUCCUUCUGGACCCACACUGACACCCCUCAAGCUCCAGCUCUCAAAGAUCCCCGCCGCCGAGGCUGUGAAGGGCAUCAUCGCCGAUGUCCCCGCGGGCGGUGACCGCUUCGAGUUUGACCUCGAGGCCGGCGAUGUGGUGAUUCUUUAUACGGACGGCCUGUCGGACAACCUCCCUGCCUCGCACAUCCCCGCGCUGUCCAACGCCGUCCUGGCCCUCCUGAGCGAGAAGGAGAACGCGCACCUCUCCAGCGCCGAGCGGAGUGCCGAGCACGCGCGUCUCCUCGCCGACGUGCUCGUCGCCGCUGGCCGCCGCGCCAUGCUACGUACCGGCCAGGAGAAGGACUGGAAGACGCCCUUCGAGGUCGAGUCGAGCAAGCUCGGCCCCCGGUACGCGUUCCGUGGCGGUAAAGUGGACGACAUCUGCGUCACCGUCGGUGUGGCGAGCGAGGCGGCGCCUGUCGCUGCCAAGCUCUAG